AUUCAAAAUUACGUAGGUGCCUACUGAAAUCAUGAGCCGCUGAUAAUGUAACAUCUGCCGGCUCCCAGACUCCUGUCCUUGGGACCUCAUGCAUGCUGCCUGGUCCGCCGCCACGCCGCGGCAGAGCUGCUCUGGUGCGGCCCGCAGACACCAUGGGCUGGCGGGGACCGGUCCAGCUGGUGCUGGUGCUGGUGCUGUUGCUGACUCUUUGUGAUGGUGCCACCACAAACCAGCCGCAUAUCGUCUUCAUUCUGGCAGAUGACCUUGGUUACAACGACGUGUCGUGGCACAACCCCGACAUCCUGUCCCCGACGCUGGAGGCUCUGGCGAGAGAGGGUGUCAUUCUGGAGCAGAACUACGCCCAGCCGCUCUGCACUCCCUCCAGAAGCGCGCUGCUCUCCGGCAGAUAUCCCUUUCACGUUGGUAGACAGUAUGGCGUCCUGAGCCCGCACAUGCCGACGGGUCUGACCAUCAACGUCACCCUGCUGCCGGAGCGGUUGAGGUCGGCCGGCUACAGCACACACAUGGUCGGCAAGUGGCACCAGGGCAACUGCGCGCCAGAGUACCUGCCACAUCACCGCGGCUUCGACACCUUCCUGGGCUACUGGUGCGGCCAGCUGGAGCAUUACAACCACACCGUGCAGGACGCACUGGACUUUUGGGACGGCGAUCGGCCGCUGCCGGAGCUGGAUGGCGUCUACGCGACUUCUGUGUUCACCGACAGGGCUGAGAGCAUCAUCAAAGAGCACAAUGCCAGUCGGCCGCUCUUCAUGUAUCUGUCCGCCCAGAACCCCCACGCGCCUCUGGAGGUUCCAUCGGAAUACGAGGAGCUAUACCCGGCCACGAUGAACGCCGACCGUCGCACCUACAGUGCCAUGGUGACCGCCCUGGACGACUCGGUCGGACGAGUGGUGCAGGCCCUCAAGGAUGCCGGCCUCUACAGCAACUCGGUGAUUCUGUUCGUUACAAUGACGUGUCGUGGCACAACCCCGACAUCCUGUCCCCGACGCUGGAGGCUCUGGCGAGAGAGGGUGUCAUUCUGGAGCAGAACUACGCCCAGCCGCUCUGCAGUCUGCACUCCCUCCAGAAGCGCGCUGCUCUCCGGCAGAUAUCCCUUUCACGUUGGUAGACAGGAUGAUGUUCUGAGGCCGCACAUGCCGACGGGUCUAACCCUCAACGUCACCCUGCUGCCGGAGCGGCUGAGGUCGGCCGGCUACAGCACACACAUGGUCGGCAAGUGGCACCAGGGCAACUGUGCGCCAGAGUACCUACCACAUCACCGCGGCUUCGACACCUUCCUGGGCUUCUGGUGCGGCCAGGUGGACCAUUACAACCACAGCGUGCAGGGCGCGCUGGACUUUUGGGACGGCGAUCGGGCGCUGCCGGAACUGGAGGGCGUCUACGCGACUUCUGUGUUCACCGACCGGGCCGAGAGCAUCAUCAAAGAGCACGACGCCAGCCGGCCGCUGUUUCUCUACCUGCCCUUCCAGAACCCCCACGCACCUCUGGAGGCGCCUGCCGAGUACGAGGAGCUGUACCCGGCCACGAUGAACGCCGACCGGCGCACCUACAGCGCCAUGGUGACCGCCCUGGACGACUCGGUCGGACGAGUGGUGAAGGCCCUCAAGGACGCCGGCCUCUACAGCAACUCGGUAAUUCUGUUCGUGGGUGACAAUGGAGGAAGUGUCUUUAGCUAUACUGAUUCUAAAACAAGCGAUGGGGGCAACAACUACCCCUUACGAGGGGAGAAGGGCACGCUCUGGGAAGGCGGCACCCGCACGCCGGCCUUCGUCCACUCCCCGCUGCUGGAGCGGGCCGGCUACGUCAGCCACGAGCUGAUCCACAUCACCGACUGGAUGCCGACGCUGCUGCGGCUGGCCGGAGCCAGCGCCGACGGAGACCCCCUGGACGGCUUCGACCAGUGGCCCAUGCUGAGCGCCGGCCAGCCCAGCGCGCGCACAGAGAUGGUCUACAACAUCGACGAGAAGCUGCCGAAUGCAGCGCUGCGCAUCGGCGACAUGAAGCUGCUCUGGGGAGACAACUCCGGCUCCAGCGACUGGUACCCGGUGCUGGAGGCCCUGCCGGACUCCUCCGAUCGCGCUCCGGCCAGCGCGCGGCGAUCGGUCCGCUCGAGUCUCGGCAGUCUCGGCGAGUACCCGGUCUACCUGUUCAACGUGACGGCCGACCCGACCGAGCGCCUGGACCUGUCGUCGCUGAUGCCGGAGACGGUGCAGGCGAUGCUGGAGCGUCUGCUGGAGCUGUCGAAGGAGCUAGUGCCGGCCGACGUGCCCUUCCCCGACCCGCGUGGUCACCCGGUGGACGGGGUCUGGACCACCGGCUGGUGUAAGCCCUACUGAUUUAAAUGUUUUUGUUUCUUUGGCUCAUUCGGUAUGGCGACUGAAUACGAGAUCUAAUGUUCAGGGCAUCAGAUGGCUAUACGGCCCAAAGAGAUGUCAUAAAUUAAACACCAUUCGUAAGGUUGUUCUAUUAUUUUGCGUAGUUCUCCCUCGAGUUUACAGUUUUUAUCCGGAAAAAACGAAAAAUGUUGUUCAUGGCCUACGAUAGCCAUUCGCCGGUGUCUUGAUAAUCUUUUUGAAGCUUAAAGACAACAAAUAACACUAGCAAUAAGCACUUUUCAUGGCGACAAUAUUGUGAUACGCAUUGCAUACCAUGGGGAUGUGAGGGCCGUCUUACUCUCUGAGGGUAAAUUAUGGCCUCGUAUCGUCUACCCAUUCAUUCAAUAUAAUCACCCAGAACAGGUU